CGCACUAAUCAGCGUGCGGUGCGGGACGCAGUCGGAGUGACUGUGCGACUGACGGUCCGAGUGUCGGUGCGCGCGCUCCUUUCCUCAGGCAGCGGGUGAGAGGAGACACAUGGACGCUGUGGUGCGGGGCAGCGCGUCACACAGGUAGCGCGUUUCCCCUCAUUAGACUGAGAACAAAAACACAGUCUCGGAUGGAACACUGAAAACUUCGGAUUUGGUUUAAAACAUAUUGAACAUCUCCAGCGUCACCAUGGCAUCUAUUGGGGACUUCGACCCGCUCCAUUCUACGGUACCGGCAACUAAGAUUGAAGUUACUGUCUCGUGCAGGAAUCUACUGGACAUGGACACUUUUUCUAAAUCCGAUCCAGUUGUCGUGUUGUACAUACAAGGCAUAGGAACAAAGGAAUGGAGAGAGUAUGGCAGAACAGAGGUGAUUGAAAACACGCUGAAUCCAGACUUUGUGCGGAAAUUUGUUUUGGAUUUCUUCUUCGAAGAGAAGCAGAAUCUUCGAUUUGAUGUGUACAAUGUGGACACAAGAAGUUCAAACAUCUCAAAGCAUGAUUUCCUCGGCCAGACAUUUUGCACACUUGGAGAGAUUAUUGGCUCCGCAGGCAGCCGCAUGGAGAGAACACUAUCUGGGAUUCCAGGGAAGAAGUGCGGCACCAUCAUCUUAAACGCUGAGGAACUGAGCAACUGCAGGGAUAUUGCUACUAUGCAGCUGUGUGCCAAUAAACUGGACAAGAAGGACUUCUUUGGCAAAUCUGAUCCAUUUUUGGUGUUUUACCGCAGCAAUGAGGACGGAACGUUUACUAUAUGUCAUAAGACAGAAGUGAUCAAGAACACUCUGAACCCAGUGUGGCAACCCUUCACCAUCCCUGUGCGUGCGCUGUGUAAUGGUGACUAUGACAGAACCGUUAAGGUAGAUGUGUAUGACUGGGAUCGAGAUGGAAGUCAUGACUUUAUUGGCGAAUUCACCACUAGCUACAGAGAGAUAUCCCGAGGUCAAAGCCAGUUUAAUGUGUAUGAGGUUUUAAAUCCCAAAAAGAAAGGAAAGAAGAAAAAAUAUGUCAAUUCUGGCACAGUGACAUUGCUUUCCUUUAAAGUCGAAUCUGAAUACACAUUUGUUGACUUCAUCAGAGGAGGGACACAACUCAACUUCACUGUGGCCAUAGAUUUCACAGCAUCAAAUGGUAACCCGGCUCAGCCAACUUCCCUGCAUUACAUGAGUCCAUAUCAGAUGAACGCCUACGCUAUGGCAUUGAAGGCAGUAGGAGAGAUUAUUCAGGACUAUGACAGUGACAAGCUUUUCCCAGCCUAUGGAUUUGGAGCCAAGCUGCCUCCCGAUGGCAAAAUCUCCCAUGCCUUUCCUCUGAAUGGUAACAGCGAGAACCCAAACUGUGUGGGGAUAGAGGAAGUGCUGGAGGCUUACUUCCAAAGUCUCAGAAAAGUCCAGCUUUAUGGACCGACCAACUUCGCCCCGGUCAUUAACCAGGUAGCAGGGGCAGCACAGGAUGUGACCGAUGGCUCCCAGUAUUUUGUGCUGUUGAUGAUCACAGACGGAGUCAUUUCAGACAUGGUGCAGACCAAAGAAGCUGUUGUUAAUGCUUCUGCUCUACCCAUGUCUAUCAUUAUUGUGGGUGUGGGUCCGGCUGAGUUUGAUGCUAUGGAGGAGUUGGAUGGUGAUGAGGUCAGAGUGUCAUCUAGAGGACGCUUUGCGGAAAGAGACAUUGUUCAGUUUGUUCCGUUUCGUGACUACAUUGACCGCGCUGGAAACCAGAUCCUGAGUAUGGCUCGGCUGGCUAAAGAUGUUCUAGCUGAGAUCCCUGACCAGCUGUUGUCCUUUAUGAAGAGCAAAGAGAUCAAGCCUCGUCCUGCCCCCCCUGCCUCCAGCAUGCCCAACAAACCUUCUGUCAACAUGCGCAUCUGAACAUCUGCACAUUUUCUCAUCUGACAAAUUUUAGCAGCGGUACAUGCUUUGCAAUGAACUUGGCUUUAACCAUUAAGUUCCAUUAUCUACAGAGCUGUAUAUUCUUUUCAACUUAAAUAUGAGACUUUUAUGAUUCUACUAUAUUCUACAGACACACAGAGAGACAAUGAAAGUAAUAAAACUAGAAAGAAAAAAUAGCGCAAGGAAAAUGAAGACCAGGUCAGGAGAGAGCAAGAAUGAGAGAGAAAUAAGAGAGAGAAUGACUGGCACAGUCUGAAGUGCCAAGGAUGGCAAAAAUUAAUCAGUUAACCAUUCUUUAUGAACCCAGAGAGACCAGGAGAAGAGCAUGAACUAUUGUACCACGUCACCAGAGAUGUUUCUAAAUCUUAAAUAGAUGACCCAUAUGGGUAUUUGUGCGUAUUUGUUAUGAAUGAAUGAAAUAUUAGACGUUAUGUCUCUAGGUGUCCUAAGAGAAUUAUUGAUAUAUUUUAGGGUUAAAGACUACAAAGACUGUAUCUAAAAGAUUAUGGUUGCACCCUAUACCACAGUUUGAGAACCCUAUCAAAGCUCUUCCUAAUGUCUUAAAUAUAGAAGUGUUUUGAUGAUCAAUCAUUGGAUCUUGAAUUUGUCUCAGGGUGCUGAAUAACUGACAGGGAGUUUUAAGAAAAAAAAAGAGAGCGAACUAACAGACUACAUACUCGCUGUCAAUGACUGAUGAUUUAUUUCCCUGACUUCACAGCUUCAAACCUCCACAGUCUGAAUGUCCAUGUCUCCCACCCUAAACUUUAGUGCUUGGUUUUCAGUAGACCCUUACAGCCAUCAAGUGACUAUAUUUCUUUUUUACCAAGAUGUCAGUGUUUCUACUCACUUUAUUUCUUUAUUGUUACACUCUAUGCUUAUAAUCUUCACCUCACUUUAUAUGAAUGAAAUCUUUUUUCUUUUUUGGUUGACCUUCCUUUUAGCCAUAACCUGGGAGAAUUUACCAGAUGAAUAAUGUAUUUUGGCAUUAGCUCUGAAGGAUUAUAUCCCCCUGGUCUUUAAGAGUUUGGAGUGUCUCUGUUGGCUGUUUAGAGUAAAAAACAUUCCAUGUUGCACAACAGAAUACACAUGGGCCAAAUAUACAAGCUCGAGUCUAGACUGCAAGGGCACCUUCAAACAUUAUUUCUUUCCAUAUUGAAAGAAAUCUGAGAGUGAAUAAAGGUGAGGGAAAAGAGAAUGUGAUCACAACUACCACUUGAAAAUGUAGCACAGGGCCAUUAUGCUAAUUCUGAGGGAUACAGAAUAUGCCGCUUCUUCUUUGCAAAUGAAUGCAAAAUUAUUCUACUCUUUCUCUAGCUCCAUGUCACUGACUCCUGCUCUAGAUGCAUGUAAUAGUUCAUGCCCUAAAUCUGUUGGCUGUUCUGUCUCUGGCUGCUGAUGCUGCUUACUGCAUUACAGAGUGUCUGAUCAGAGGCCAAAUUUGAUGCUAAUUGAUUGUUGCUGCCUAGAUAGACAACAUUCUUGGGCAGUAUUUGAAUUCUCCAACAAUUUUUUUUGGAAGUCCUGGUUGGAGAAAAGCAUAGGAAUCCUAAUGAGUCUUCUGAAGAUCUGACUAAAUAGGAAGUUCAUGUAUAUCACCAACAGACCUAUAAUUAUUUGAGCUUUAUAAAAUCUUUGCCUAAACUGGAAGUUGAAGAUUUGAAAAAGCCCAAGUGAUUUUUCCAAAUCUUCAGCUGUCCAGGUUCAGUGAAUCUGUGUACAUUGUUAUUCUCAGAUUCCUGUUCUUGGCUGACAAGGCAGGAGCUAUGAGAUGAGUCUUCUCUUGUUGCAGCAUAUAUGUCUUAAAGUGUUUUGCACUUUUUUCAAAUUACCAUAGUCUCCCUGUCAUCUCAGAGAUUUUCAAGUUGUUGCAUGGCCACAAAACUGUCUGCUUACUGUAAGUUUUUGUUUUAAGCACCGUCUUGAUCAUAACUGAGAAGCUAGCAAGUUAGUAAGACAGCAGUGCUUUUAUAAAACAAGCUUCAUCCAUUUCUGUUAUAAGAACAUUUCAUACUUCAAUGUUACCACAUUUCACAUUAAGUUGAAUACCACAUUUCAACUUAAUGUCUCCAAAGGUGUCUCUGACUUUUUGGACAAUUAAUACAAAUGACCUGAAAAAAGAAUUGUAUUUUAUUAGCUGCUAAUUUUAAAAUUCACUAACUGUACGCAUCUGAGGACCUCUGACACAUACUCUGAUUAAUCAAGCAGAAUAGAUCUUCUAUGUUGCUGAACAUUUUAUUAUUUGAUUAUUUGACCUGUAAACAGAGAAUUAAUUACAGAAUGAAGUGACUGUGUUUUUGUGUCUCAGUAGGGGGUAACAACUAACUUUGUAACUACUGUAGUUGUAAUAUGUUGCAGCCUAUGAUAUAGCAUGGAUAUCAAAGGGGACCAUUAAUGCUAGUUUUUGCUGUUACAAACGUGAUAUAACACACAUACACACACGCACACACACAUAUUUACUCAUCAGCCAUAACAUUAAAAACACCUCUGACCACUCGAGGCAUAGACUCUCAACGACCUUAGAAUUUGGCACCAACAUUUUAUUAGCAGAUCCUAUAUGUCCUGUAAAAUGUGAGGCUAUACAGUACUCUAUAGGACUGAGGUCUAAUUAUGUAAUUUUGAGCUUUUUGCAUGUUCCUCAAUACACCAUUCCUGAAAAAUGUUUGCAGUAUGGCAGGGUGAUUCUGAAAGAGGCCACUGCUAUUAGGGAAUACAGUUGUAGGGGUGUUGGACAUUGGUCUGCAUCAAUGUUUAGGCAUGUGGUAUGUGCCAAAGUAACAUCCACAUGAUUGUCUUAUUUCUAUAAUGCAUCCUGGUGCCAUCUCUUACCCUAGGUAAGUGAUGUAGACAUGCCUGGCCACAUGAUGUAAAAAAUAAAACACUAUUCAUUAUGUUCAACGUCUUCCAUUGCUCCAUAGCCCAGUUCUGAUGCUCAAAUGCCGGUUGUGGACACUUUUUGCAUUGGACAGUGAUCAGCAUUGGCACUAUGAACAGCCUACAGCUACACUGCACCAUACACAGCAAGCUGCAAUGGACUGUGUGCUCUGACUUCUUUCAGCCCAAAAGACAUUUGGAAAUGCUCUUAUAAAGUCAUCUAGCCAUCCCAAUUUUUUCAUUGCGCUUAGAACCUCAGAUAUCGUACAAUUUGACAGGUUCCAGUGAAAUGAGAUGAUCAAUAUAAUUUACAUAUUCUUUACACCACCUUCUUUUAGUGGUUUUAAUGUUAUGGCUUAUAUGUUAUAUAAAAUACACACACACAUAAACACACACUAGCUAGCACACUGUGUUGGUUUUCUAUGCGAGUUUCUGUAUAUUUUGUCCUUGAUUUAAUUGUAUACAAUACAUAUUCUGUGGAAAUGGCAGAAUAUUGUAGUAUAUAGCACAAAAUACAAUGUAGCUUGCAGGGGAUAUAUUUAUCUAAAUAUUUACAUACUAAAUUAAUUAAUUAACUCAAUUUGUUAAAUCUUUAGCAUGCAGCUUUAGCCAACAUUGAACAAAGUGUAGCCAUUUUAAUUUGUAUCCCACAUUUUAUAUUUUUGCAUGACUAUCAAAAUGUAUGCUCAUAUAUGCAUUACAAUAGUAGUUCUUUGUUCCUUUUGUGCACCUUUCCUGGG